UGGAACGCAAUCUACAAAAAGUCAAUCCCACGCGCUUUUAAAUAGCUGCGGAGAAGAAUUAUAAUCCCAAAUCCAAAUCAAAUUAGACUCUAUUUCUUGCUUAUUUUUAUUUACAAUUGUCCACAAAAUCUCAAUUCUCGUUUCGAACUUAUCCCCUAUCUACAAUCUAAAAAUAUUCGUCGGAUUUUGAGUUGGUAAGAAAUUCUCCUUCUCUACGUAAUUUGUCAAUUAAUCAGCGUUUACUGAUGAGCGAAAUGCAGGGCCAAUUGGUUUGCAGUGGGUGUAGGACUGUCCUCCUUUAUCCCAGAGGAGCUGCAAAUGUUUGCUGUUCAUUGUGCAAGGCAGUCACUUCUGUACCCCCACCUGGGAUGGAAAUGGCUCAACUGAUAUGUGGAGGCUGCCGUACGUUACUUAUGCAUGCACGGGGAGCCACCAGUGUCAGAUGUUCAUGCUGUCACACGGUGAAUCUUGUACCAGCACCUAAUCAUGUUGCUCAUGUUAGCUGCGGUAACUGUCGUACAACGCUAAUGUAUCCAGCAGGAGCCCCAUCAGUCAAAUGUGCUAUAUGUCACUACAUUACAAAUGUCAAUGCCUAUAACACGAUAAGUGAUACAAGGGUUCCAGCUCCUGUGCACGGACCUGGUGGGAACCCGCCAUCCGCAUCAACGCCGUCUACUUCCACCGCAACAGCCAAUUUGCACAAUCAAACAGUCGUCGUUCAGAAUCCCAUGUCCGUAGAUGAAAGUGGAAAAUUGGUGAGCAAUGUCGUUGUUGGUGUCACAACGUAGGAAAGUUAAUGAUAUGUAAUACCUACUAUUGGUUCCCACAGCGGAUGGUCGUUUCGGACUUAUUUGGCUUCAACUUCGUAUAGAGUCGUUUUAUGCAUAUUGUAAUUGGCAAUUAAAAGUAUGGAAAUACAAUGCUGCAAGUGUAAAGUUUCAUAAGAGACUCAUUUUUUUUCUUUUUCUUUUUGUAGUUCAUGGAAGGGACAACUAGUGGAAGUUGAUUUUCCAGUCAUUUGUUGGUGUUGUUUGAUAUUAAUACAUUGUAAAUUAGUGGGGUGAAUAUGUUCAUGUCAUCCAGUUGAUUGUAGACAUUAACUUAUUAAUGAUGUGUGUGAAAUAAUUUCUUUCAUAAUUGUGCUU